AUCCUCACUACCUACCUCCCAACUGACUCGGUCACUAAAUUGUUCCACCUUUCAAACUCAUUUGCAAUUCAAAUCCCAAAAGGCUUAGAGCUUUAUGGGAAAUGGAAACUGUUAUGACCGAGUUUGCUGAAGUAGAGAAAUGGGGUUAAAAUGAUGAGUCGUCAACGAUAUCAGUAUUUUUUUCCUCACUCUCCGUGUAUAGACUGGAGUUCCCAGGGUUGAAUUAACCAAGGAUUUAGCGCAAGAAAGGGCAUGUUAGAGUGGUACACUCGCCCCAGAAUAGCACAUCCUUGUCCGUCCUUUAUUCCUAAAACGUGAGGUGGAGUGUUGUAAAAAUUACAAGUAAAUGGUGUCUGUGAUACUGGAGUCCACAGGUCGCGACUGAUGGCGAGGCUGCCCCAGUAAUACUCGGAGGUUGUACUUCUUUCCCACGUGAAGAGAAGGUGAGGCGUUCGAUCUGUUCGGUCGGAUGUGCUUCAGGUGUUCAAACAGGUGAUAUCAGACUUGCUGAGUGGUUGGACGUCGACGACUGUGAGUGGAUUUACAAACCCUUGCACCUGUUGUAUUCUCUUAUGCUAUGAUGGUUUGGAGGUGACAAAAACAUGAACAUCAUCAUUUUUAUUAUCGCUGUACUGUGCACUCAAGUCACCUUAAACGAUGGCUGCUUUAUCAACAUCAACACAUCGCAAAGAUUAUUUAUACCCGAAAGAAUUGAGCCAGGUGACACUUUGUGCUCAGUCUUGACUAGUGAUGAAGUGAGUUUAGGAACAUUUGACCUCCAGUUUCCACUCGUCUUUCAUAUAAGCACAGUUGACAUUGGAAGCGGCCAGUAUAAUGUUUCUCUGGUCUCAAACAGCAGUGUCACGGAUAUUGAUAACAAUGAGACCUUGUGUGAUAUGUCAAGAAUGUUGGGAUUUCAUAUGAUCAGUCUCGUAUGUAAGUCACAACCAAAUAUUCAGCAUCAAUUUCCCUUCGAAGUUGACUACACAGACGAUCACGAUCCGGUGUUGAAUAAUAGCCUGUCAUUUCAGUUGCAAGAGCUGGUACCUGUGAAAACUUUGGUCACAAAUCUGGACACCGACAACUUUUACAAAGACCAGGACUGUGCGGCAAGCACAACGCCGACCUUUAUUCUACAAGGAGGAAAUACAGAGAAAGCCUUUGAACUAUCAGGAGGAAAAAUCACUGUAAACAGAUUAAUUUCUUACCAAAAUGGAGAAACCAAAUUCGAAUUGACUAUCACGGUCUCAACGUAUCAUGGCUUUGGUGAAGGAAGGAAUGCUUCUACCGUAGUUGUGGUCAACAUCAUUGAUAUCGAUGACAACGACCCAGUUUUUGACACCCUGACAUACACCUUACACGUCCCAGAGGAGAAUACCACUGUUAUCAACUGGCCACAACUGACCUCUCCUCCAGUGUUGGCCUUUGACCAAGACACUGGGAUCAACGACACAGUCACCUACUCUCUACACGACACGAAUGGGACUGUAGUUAUUGACAAUACAACUGGAAUUGUGCGGGUAACACGAACCCUGGACAGAGAGGCAGAGCCGUCCCUGCAAGUGAAAAUUAAAGCCAACCAGGUGCACAACGAUUGGAGGUCGGCGGUGGCAACUCUCCUGGUGGUAGUAGACGACAUCAACGACAACCGUCCGAAGUUUCAAACAGACAAUCCAACUCUUGUCACAAUUCCAGAACAUUCCAUUGUAGGCUCAUUCGUUGUUAGGGUUCUUGCCAUUGACGCAGAUGAGGGAGACAAUGCACAUUUCAAUUACACUCUUGUAAAAACUGCUUUCACCAUCCAAACGGACAUUCUGGGAAAUCUUCGUUAUGGCACCGUGACUGUCGCGAAUUCUUCCGCCUUGGACAGAGAAACUAACCCUUCUCUGAAUUUUACGGUGUCUACUAAAGAGUACACGCCUCUACAAGGAGGAGACUGCAGUACCGGGAUGUGUAAUAUCACCAUCACCGUUCAGUUGACCGACAUCAACGACAACGAUCCUGUCUUCGACAACUCCAGCUACAGGCUGACCGUGAGGAACAAUAUCAAUGGAGCCGUUAUAGAGAAGAUCCAUGCUAGCGAUGCUGACGAAGGUGUGAACGCAGAACUCAGGUACAGCUGUGUGUCAUCGUCUCUACUUGGCACGGAUGCCUGCGGUGUCAUCACAGUCAACGACACAACAGGACAAGUCAGCCUUCGCCAACGCCUGGACAAAAGACAGUACUAUGCUUUGAUCCAAGCAUGUGACAGCCCUGUUGAUGUCUCGCAGAGGCGAUGUACCACAGUUCCUCUCAUCCUCAGUCUACCUUCUGACUUUCAAAUCAACGUGACAUCAUACAGCUUCACCAUUCAUGAGAAUUUACCGCCGGGGACCUUUGUUGGAGACAUCUUGACUUACGACGAUCACUUUACGUUUCAACAUAACAGCUUUGAACUUAGUGAAAGAACCCUCCUUACAAAAGAAUCACUGGACCGAGAGAAAGAGAAACAGCAUUUGCUUAUCAUCAACACCCACAACCAGAACAACACAAACAUAUCAGUCCUGGUUACCGUCCUGGAUGUCAAUGACAACAGCCCCGUCUUUGACCCACAGAACGGAUCUGUUAUGUUAAUGGGGAGCGAGAUGACUGGUCACGUGAUAACAGUUGUCAACGCCUCGGACAUUGAUGAAGGACGGAAUGCACAAAUCACUUACAGCCUGCAGCCACAGUCAAUGUUACAGUACUUCCAGAUAAAUGCUUCUGGAGCUAUAAUUCUACUAGCAUUGUCAACCAUGGAGACGAUGGACCUGUUGGUGAAGGCAACCGAUGGUGGCUCGCCAUCACUGUCCGGCUUCUACACACUGAGGAUAACUAUCCCAGCAGUCAACGAAAGUGUUGUAAUUUUUGCGCCAGUGACAAGUGACAAGUUAGCAGGAAAGAAAGAGGACAUUGCAAGAGAACUUACGAAAAUCCUUGGUGUCACAGUUAUCAUCAGAACCAUUCGACAACAUUCAGCUGACAGUUCAGUGAUAUACAUCUCACCACAAGACACGGAGACAGUGACUGUUGCCAAACUUCAAGAUCUGGUAGACGCAAGGCCUGCAGAGAUCGCAUCUCUCUUUCAACAAAGCGUCCCUAAUGAUACCAAGGAGAAGACAACUGCUGCAGACGAUUUCAACACCCCUGUCAUCGUCCUCAUUGUCAUUGCAGCAGUCCUCCUUAUUGCUCUAAUCAUCGCUGUGGUUCUCAUUGCAAGGGCUCGCAAAAGACAAAAUCGUCACAAACGCUUGCUCAAGAGUCUCUCAACCGCUCCCACCAUCUACAACACAACCAGUUCCGACAUGGAAAAAGACACGAAUGCCAUACUUGAUGAUACCGACGACGACCAGCAGCAGGAGGGCACCGCCAACCCCCUUUUUGCCGACCAUCACGAUUAUCAGAACGUCACGCUGGUCACGGAAGUGGCAGACACUCAGUCAACCCCGGAAGGCGGUGACAAUGACGUCAACGCUAACGACAACUCUGCGAUGGAACGGCCGACGGACGCCGAUAGCGGGGUCCCCAGCGACCGAGAAAACGGACAGGGAGAUGAUGAUGACGAUGACGAUGACAUUGACAACAGGUCAGACGAUGGCCGCUCAUCUCCGCAGACUCCGCGCAGCUCCGGUUACCUCGCGGCUGUACUGGACGAGCACUUGCUGAACUCUGCUCACCCCGGGGGUGACGCAAUCGACGUCACGCUGCUUCCAACGUAUUCCGACGCACGACAAGAGGAAGACCUCAAAAGUGCUCCCCCUGUCGAACCGCCGGUGGAUUUCGACGUUCAAGAAAGUUCUUUGGCAUUUCCGGACGAAGACGGUCCUAAGAGUGAAACUCGUCCACACAACGAGAUAGACAGCGACUUUGAGCCAGCUGCCAGGAGCUCUCCUGUCGACGAAGUCGCGGACUCUGCCUCGCUGGAUGACUUCCCCGUCUUCCGUGUUCCGACCAAGUCCUUCACGCCCCCGAUGAUCCGAAAGUCAAAGGAGCAGAGGGAAGAGGAGUUAGAGCCCAUGCCGGAAGAGCCGCUGCCAGACUACGGCAAGAAAGUUCGCUUCAACUUCCAGGUCACGGAGCACGAGAUGACAGACUACAACGACAACGACGAGGAAGGGGAUAACAUCGAGACUGAAGCAGACGACAAAGAAUUUCCGCCACCUCCACCGUCGUUACCUCCACCACCACCCCCACCACCACCCCCGCCCCCACCACCACCUCCACCAACAUCAUCUAGCACCAAGCUAACUAAUGAUUCUAGGAAUGACACUGGAGGAGGUGAUGAACACGACGAUGGCACAAAUGAAGAAGAGGAGAUAACUUCUUUCUAACGCAGAACUUUGUUGUCUGCUCACAAAUGCCAUCAAACCUAGAGGAAGGAGACUUUUGACGAUAAUGACAUCGAUGAUGUAUGUAUGAGAGAGUUUCAAAGAGACAGUCUAUUGAUUACUAUUUAAAUAUAAAAAGAACGAUUGCAUACACAACCUAAAUUUCUAAAUAGUUUAAAUUAAUAUGUGUUCUGAAACGAUUUUUGAGAAAGACUAAAUUAUCCGAGUAUUGUCAUGUGAACUUUUUACCUUCGACAAUAAUAUUUUAUUUUAUUAUCAUUAUCAUAAUUUGUUAUGUCUCCUACAUCGACGCCUACACUAGAGACCCUUGUUUUAAACAGCAUCCUCUGCUGUACUAGUCAAUUAAUUGCUACAUUCAUUACACAGAACUUAAGUAUAUAGUAUAAAGAAUAUGUACCAUCUUCAGCCUGGCUGACCAGUUUUUAAAUAAUUAUUAACUAUGAGUACUUACACAGAUAAUACUGUUGUUUUAAAAUCUCAGCUCCAGUUCUUUCUGUGUACAGACUAUGAAACUGUAAAUAACUACACCCUUACACCACGUGACAGACUUUUACUAACUGGCGGGUAUAAUAACACUGACUGUCUUACAAAAUAAUAAGUCCUUCACUAGAAAUGACUAAGACAACAACUUUGUCUCAAAAUAUGAAAGUUGAACACGUAUAUACUAGUAAAGCCAUCCUUCACUCUCUUUCUUCUUGUAUUCCACAAACGAGCAAUCGUGUGUUUCUAUGGAUUUCUGAGGCAAUGCAGCAGUAAAUAAUUAUAAUAAAUGUAAACAACAAAACACUUCACGGCGGCGGUAACACAGUUGUUCAAAGAGAGGUAACUGUAACAUUUGGCCUCAGACAGGUUUGUGGUGAUUGUCUCAGACAAUCUCCCUCAGGACAUAAAAGUCAUGACAGGACGUGGAAAAUAAAUAAGAUAUGAUAACUUAAUGUAAACAAAAAUUAAAUAUAUCUGUCACUCGUGUAGUGAUUAUUGACUUUCUUUAAUUUUCACUAUUUUGUUAAUAUUGUAAUUAUUCUGAUUGAUGAUUGAUUGAUUGAUUGAUGGAUGAUGAUGAUUUUCAACGACAGCAUGGAGGGGGGAGUGCGCAUGUGUGUAUGCGUGUGUGUGUAUGUAGUUGUGUGCUUGUAUGCUUUUGUGUGUGUUUGUGCCUGCAUAAUCGGACAGUGUAUAUUUCCUUCUUAUGGUCCACCAAUACACUAAUCAUAUUUCAACAAAAAUUGUGUUUUGAUUUUAUCAUUUAUUUAGUACCCGCUGGCACGGUCAAUGUUUUGUCUUGUCUAAAAUGUUGAUUGUGACUUAAUUUCCAUCCUUACGAAAAUCUGUUUAAUAAUCUUAUGUUAUUUUCAUGACUUUGUGUGAAUAAUAUUUGUUAUUAUUCUUUGCAAAUAAAAAUAAAGGAUGUCCGUCACUUUUC